CGCAGGUAAUGUUUGCUUUACGAAUAUAAGGUGUGGAUUUAUGUUGUUUACUUAUUCUAAUUAACUUCGAUCUUUAAAGUAAGCCCACAGUUCUGUUAAUAUCGGUGAAAAAUAUAUAUAGGAAUAUUUUUGUCGAGAUUUAUUGUGACGAUGCACGACAACUAUGCUGUUUAUGUCGACAGAGUAGUCAAGAAGUAUGGCCAAAAAGAAAUUUUGUCAGGACUAUCCAUGAAAGUGGAGAGAGGGGUUAUAUACGGCUUAUUAGGUUCCAGUGGAUGUGGGAAGACGACGUUGCUCAAUAGUAUUGUUGGUCGCAAUAAAAUCGAUGGGGGUGAAGUAUGGGUCCUGGGAGGAAAACCAGGGCAACCAGGUAGCGGUGUACCAGGUCCUAGAGUAGGCUACAUGCCUCAAAACAUUGCACUUGUUGGCGAAUUUACUGUACAAGACGCUAUUUACUAUUUCGGAAGAAUUUUUUUAAUGGACGACGAUGUAAUAGCUACGAGGUAUAGAGAAUUACAUAAACUUCUGGAACUGCCUCCGAACGACAGAUAUUUGAAAAAUUGCAGCGGUGGUCAGCAAAGACGUGUUUCGUUAGCAGUAGCGUUAGUACACAAUCCAGAGUUAGUAAUCAUGGAUGAGCCAACUGUCGGAAUGGAUGCAGUUUUAAGAGAAAGAAUAUGGAACCACCUAGUACAAAUAACGAGGGAAGGUACGUCUGUGAUUGUUACCACACAUUAUAUAGAGGAAUGUAGGCAGGCGAACAAGAUAGCCUUGAUGCGAGAUGGAAUUCUUUUAACUGAAGAAUCUCCAACACGAUUACUCACUUUAUUCAACAGCGAGACACUGGAACAAAUUUUUCUGCAGUUAAGCCAACAACAAGAAGCAGCAAAACUAACAGGACUACCGGAACUGAUCGAAGAAGCGGGGAAUGAUCGACGUCAACAAAAUUGUGGUUCCGUGAGCAAUACAUCUAUAAAUGAAAUUGUUCGCCAAUCUACAGAAAUAUUAACAAAAAAAGCAGUUCUCAAAACGAAAGAGGCAUUAAGCAGAACUAGAAUGAAAGCCUUGUUAGAUAAAAAUUGGAAGCAGUUUUACAGAAAUGUUACGGGUGUUUUAUUUUUAUUAACGUUUCCAAUACUAACAGUGGUUAUAUUCAUGGGUGUGGUUGGGGGAGACGCAUUAGACACACCACUAGGAAUUGUCAACAAUGAAGCCAUGACAAUAACUUGUCCUAAUUUCUCUAAAAAUGGAACUGCUUUUCUAGCUGCAGACAGGUACUGUCACUUUAAGAACCUCAGUUGUAGAUUUUUGACGUAUUUAGAAGACCCAAUGAUUAAAAAGAUUCAGUUUAAUAGUUUAGAGGAAGCCAAGGACGCUGUAGUUCAUGGAAAAAUUAUUGGUGCUAUGUAUAUGGAUUCCAAUUUUACAUAUUAUUUAAAUGAGAGAAUAGAAAAUGGAAGGUUUGCUGAUAGUGAAACAAUUUCGUUAAGCGAGAUAAAGGUGUGGAUGGAUAUGUCUAACAGACAAAUUGGAGCAGCUCUAAAAUACAAAUUGCUGAAUCUCUACUCCAAAUUUCAAAACGAUCUUUUUGAUGACUGUCAUUAUACACAUGGAAAUAUGCCAUUAAAGUUUGAUUUCUUAUAUGGUCGAAACGAUGAGCCAUUUAUAUUAUUCAUGAUUCCUGCAUGCCUUAUAACGAUUAUGUUCUUUAUGGGAUCAAUGAUGACUUCUCAGAUAAUAAUAACAGAUCGACACGAGGGAGUUUGGGAUAGAUCUAUCGUUGCUGGAGUAACUUCCCUAGAGAUAACUUUGACCCAUAUAGUCCUACAAGCUUCCGUUUGUGUUAUACAAGCUGUAGAAGCCUUAUUGGUAGCGUAUCUAUAUUACCAACAUGAAUUUAUGGGCAACAUGCUGUUAAUGUUCUUUUUAAUAUAUUUAUCAGGGAUUUGUGGAAUAUCAUGUGGAUUAUGGAUCUCAGUAGUAAGCGUCAACCAUUUAGUAGCCAACCUAGUAAUUACUGGUAUGUUUUUCCCCAUGAUGUUAUUAUGUGGUUUCAUGUGGCCUAUCGAAGGCAUGCCCUCCGCAUUAAGAUUCAUUUCCAAAUGUUCACCAGUAACAAUACCGAUAGAAUCGUUCAGAAACGUCUUCAAAAAGGGUUGGACUUUGGAUAACUUCGAGGUGUAUAAUGGAGUUUGUGUCGCGUUAUUUUGGACAAUAUUUUUUGCUGCUCUCAGUGUAAUAACGAUUAAAAGGAAACGCUGAGAAACGAAGAAAGGAUCUUUGUAAAAUUUAAGAUUCGAUUGCUGUACAAAUAAAACUUCAAACAAUAUACAAUAUAGGCAAUAAUUUAUACAAUUGUCAUUUCUAAAUACACCACAAAAUAUACAGAGUGUUUGGUAAAGAAUGAGUAAUAUCUUAACUUUAGAUUCCUGAGUUUAAAAUAGGUCGAUUUAAGCUAACUUACCUUACUACGAAAGUUGAUAAUAACCGAAAUACAAACUGAAACUUUUAUUUUAUUUAUUCUUGAAUAUUUACUGACAGGCAUGGGAUAAUAACACGAAAUUUGGUAAAUGGGGGUUUUUUGAAUAGAAAAAUCUAAAUUUGCCACCAAAAAUGAUGUAUUGCCCAGAGGGCGCCACAUACGCUUUUCAGCGCUCAUUUAAUACGUUCAAUUUUUUUAUCCCCCACUCUACACGCUUUUGGAUCAAAACUUUAAUUCUCUUAAUCAUCAUUGUUCUCUUUUCCUUAUCCCUAUGCGGGGUCGGCUUCCCUAAUUGCAUUUCUCCACACAAUUCUAUCUUGGGUCAUAUCAAUGAUAAUCCCCUUUACCAACAUGUCCUGCCUUAUCGUCUCUCCCCGGUCUUCUUUGGCCUUCCUCUCCUACUCCUUCCAGGAAUCUGAACUUCAGCUAUUCUUCGUAUUGGGUGAUUAACGUCUCGACGUUGAACAUGACCAAACCAUAUUAACUUAUGUUCUCUCAUUUUGGCAUCAAGUGGUGCCACACCUAGACUUCCCCCAAUAUACUCAUUUCUAAUUUUAUCCUUCUUUGUCACUCCACUCAUCCAUCUAAGCAUUCUCAUUUCCGCCACAUGCAUUCGUUGUUCCUCUUUCCUUUUUACUGCCCAUUCUAUUCCGUACAUCAUAGCCGGUCUUAUAGCUGUUUUAUAGAAUUUUUCCUUCAGCUUCAUUGGAAUUUUUCUGUCAAACAACACACCACUCGCUUCUUUCCACUUCAGCUAUCCAGCCCUAAUUCUACUGCAUGCAUCUCCAUCUAUUUCUCCAUUACUCUGUAGUACCGAUCCUAGGUACUUAAACCUAUUGCUUUUCACAAUAAUUUCACCAUCCAAAGAUACCAUUUUAUUUGUAGUAACUCCAUCUUUAAAUGAACAUUCCAAAAGGCAAAUACUUUGUCCUACUAAGUUUUAAACAUUUUUCCUCCAGAGCUUGUCUCCACUGUUCCAGUUUUU